CUUCAAUCUUUAAUGAAGAAACAAAACAGGAGAAGAUGAAUAUAUAACACACACACACACACACACACACACACACACACACACACACACACACACACAGAGAGAGAGAGAGAGAGAGAGAGAGAGAAUUACGCCUACUGAGAAAAGGUUCUGUGAUUUUAAAAACACACAGUCUUAAAAGGUUGUUAAGGAGAUUCUGCUUUUCUGACAGACAACCCCUACACCUUAACCUGCACAGAAAGCUCAGCCCUAAAGCUCCACCUCUGCGCACCUGUAUCCUGUUGCUUUAAUGGCACUCCUGGUUGUAUAUAUAAGGCGGGAGUGAAAUGGAAAGACACACAGUGGUGAACAACAGGGCAUGCCACUACGCCCAGUCAGUGGGCUGGAUCCAAGCUUGUGUUAUGUGUUCUUUUUAUCGUGUUGUUGAUCUAAGAUGUAGGCUGCACUGUUUACUUCUCUCUUUUCAGGGGAAGACAAGAGUAUAUUCAGAGACAAAGAAAUUCAGGGUGUUUCAGGAACCUCAAAUAAAAGGUGUACUACUAUCUGACAAGCAAGAAUAAGAAUUCCUCAAGGGUGUCUACUGCUUUCAACAUACGUACCAUUGAAACUGACUUGACCUCCUGACCACAUCUGUACCAUUCCACCUAUAAUGAGUUCGUGCAGUGUAGACGACACCACCCAAACUCCUGCAAACAGGCCAACUCAGCUGCGGUUGGUGCUGGUGGGUAGAACAGGUUCAGGUAAAAGUGCCACUGGAAACACCAUCUUAGGUAAAAAAUGUUUCCCAUCUAAACUAUGCAUGACCUCAGUGACAAAGCAAUGCCAGAAGGAAUGUGGACUAGUCCAGGGGCGGAGCCUGGCUCUGAUUGACACUCCUGGCUGGUUCGACACCUCCCUCCAGCAAAAUGAGAUAGAACAGGAAGUGCUAAGAUGUAUGGUCAUGUGUUCACCUGGACCACAUGCAUUUCUGCUCAUCAUACCAAUCGCUCGCUUCACAGAGGAGCAGCAGCAGACUGUAAAUAUGAUUCAGGAAACUUUUAAGGAGAACAUCAAUGACCACACAAUCAUCAUAUUUACCCGUGCAGACGAGCUGGAAGGAGAGCCAAUUGAGGAUUUUAUAUCAAAACAGGACAAAAUAAUCCAGGAUCUUAUUGCACGAUUUAGUGGGCGUUUCUUGGCUUUCAACAACAAGAACCUAGAGAACGGGGACCAGCUGAAACAGCUCCUGAAGAAGCUGGAUGAGCUGCUGGAACAGAACGAGUACCGUCACUUCACCAACCAGAAAAUGGUGGUUGUAGAGAAGGCACUAGUAAUGUUGGAACAGAAAAAGCAAGAAAAACUAGCUGAAGCAAUUAACAAGGCCAAGCAGGAAGUAAGGCAGAAGGCUGAACUUCGCCGGGCCAACAUCAUUAAAGCCCUGGAGGAGGAGAAGCAAGAGAUAGAAAGACAAAGGAUGUACAUCCAAGGCAAAAUCAAUAAAUUAGUUUUUGAGAUAAGAGAUGAAAAUGUUGAAGAUCCACACAGGCUGCAGUCGCUGCAUGAAUCUCUACAUAGUGCAAAAAACAGCCUUGGAAACCUGGAGAAAGAGAAGGAGUUAAAGAUAAAGGAAUGUGAAGUAAAGAUAAGGAAACUGGAAAUAUGGAUCAAGGAAGAAGAGCAGAGAAGAGAGCAAGAGGAGAGAGAAAAAGCUUCAAAUGAGGAUGAACACAAAUGGUAUUAUGAUGAAAAAUAUUUCACUAUUGUGAAGUACCUUGUUGUUUUUUUGGGAGGCGCUGGAGCUGGAGUUGCAAUUUGGUUGGCACCUGCACUUUUUUCCAGUGCAGUAACUAUAGCACAGGCAUCAGAGUUAACUGCAGUGCUCGGACCAUGUCUUUCUAUUGCUGUGACAACAGUGGUUUCAAAAGCAGUUUCUGUUGCAGGUCGCUUGUUGACUAGCUCUUGUUCCAUUCAGUAACCCAAAAGCAUAUCAUAUAUCUUCAUCAUAUAUCUGUUUGAUCAUAGAGGUUUAUAAGAAUCUGUAAUGUUUCCUUAUGUGGUCUGUGAGUGAUAAAUCUGUCUCAAUGUUGGCAUGUUUAAAUGGUCUCGAAAUAGCAAGCAACCCUGCCCUAACUCCUGAAUCAAUUCUGUCAUAAGUGAAAAGACAUUUAUUGCCAGAGUUUUCCUGUGAAAAGGGAUUCCUUUGUUUUGAGGUAUCAGUGAAUCACACUGAAUGCUACAUGUAUAGAAUAUAAAGGGUAAUCAAUGUGUGUAACUACAAAGUUUACUAAUGUUUGGAUAUGUUAAUGGGGUAUAAUCUAAUGCAUAUAGCUAACAGUUAGAAUUAUUUGUGGAAAGCAUUAUCUAAAUCCAUAGUACACUUGUUGAUCAAGUUAUAUUCUAAGUGUGUACUGAGUUAGAUGAAUUCUGUGUCUUACUAAACAUUAGGCCUAAUUGUUUUCUGUGUCAGUCCGUUCCUCUCUGCACAGCAGGUGUAAUCUAAAACUAUAAAACACUUUCUAACAAGUGACAUUCCAAGUGUGUACAUUAAGAACCUUGUGUUUUGCCUAAAGCAACUUUACUCUAUGGAAAAAAAAAGAAAAAGAAAAAGAAAAAUGCAAUUAGACACAUACCACAACUGGGUUUCCAACCAAAACCCUCUAAGCUUGCAAAUCAAAAGAAAAGAUAAGACUUCCAGGAGGAAGGGUACCAGGCUGAGACUAUAGGGUGAAUUAUGGGACAAAGUAAAAACCCUUGUCUGGUAAAACUUUUAAAGAAAAUACAACUGACAAUGCAUGCGCCACAAAUAUAAGGUAUCAUAUGUAUAUGAAUAAUUAGUUAGGGCAAUGGAGAUUGGUCUGUUUCUAGAAAGAAAAGGUGAAUGCCCUGCGUACGGAUAAUUUUACCGCUUCAGAGAGGUAUAUAAAGACAUGUUUGUGUAUGUAUAAUUCGGACUUUCUGCAGAAUGUCUCGUUUUAUUGUUUCGAUAAAGUUUAUUUGCUUUUUGACAUCUACUAACCCUCUGUCUCUGAUGUUUUUUGACGUAGGCUGAAAAGAUUGUUUUCCACGACACAUGGCGUGUUAGAAAUACUAAGUUGGCGCUUAAAAUUCAAUUUAAGUUAAUAAGAUCAACAUGGAAAGUUGCCCUCUCCAAAAUGGCGCGGUAGCAUACCAAUAAGACACCAUUUCUUCCUCUGUCCUCAGAGUAGUUGAAAUGUCUUUGUCGCCCUCUUGUGGUUGGUUGCAGUUCAAGUCUUAUUCUAGUCCAAUCAAGGAAAUUGGUUAAACUACAUUGCUCAUAAUACGAUGUAGUUUAACCGAUUUCCUUGGAACGUCAUAUUAUUAUUUCCUUUGGGCUAUGUAAAGACUCAUAUUAUCUUGCAUGAGAUAACAUGAAACUUCAUUUAUAAACAGUAACUACAUAAACCAAUAUUUAAAACUAAUGUAUAGGUCUACCUUUUCUUAUAAAUAAAUGUACCUCCUCCCUGAGCGGCAUUAAAUAUGUUUAUAUUGAAAGUUUGUGAUGUGUUUAGUGAUUCUGGUGCUGAACUUUGAGGAGCUAGCUGUUGUCGGCUGCACUAAUGUCACAGAGGGACACUGCUAGUUCAGAUACAAUGCAGGUAUAAUACAUAAACUUGAAUGAUAGUCAGGUUUCUCUGUUGACUCCUAAAAACAAAAGAUACAAGACCUUCUUUUCACACUCACUAUUUUCCAACCAACGUUCAAUGCUGUUAAUAAGAAAUCCAGCAUAGUAGUAGUAGUAGUAGUAGACAUCAAACGUUGGACUCAAUUUCCAGAAUGGCAUGCUGAUGGGAGGAAACCCACUGGAAGAGCAACCCAAGCUCGGUAUCAAACCAUGAACCCUUGAGCUGUGAACUACCAACAAUACCUCCUGCAGCACUGUAUCUCCUACUUCUAUGUGAUAUUGGUGUUUUUUCAGGUUGCUGUGCCAUGAAUGACAAAGUGUUCUUGUUGAGUAAGAACUUUUUGCUAGUGUUUGGUAAAGCGUGAGUUGAUUUUGAAAUAUUUUUGAAAUAUGUAAUCCAACGCCUGUUUAUCGACAAUAAUAUCUUUGUCUAUUAUGCAAUUGUCUAUUAUGCAAAAUACUUGAAUGCAUUAACAAAAUAAAAAAGUAAUCGUCA